UUCUCUACCUUCCUCUCCUUCUCCCCUUUCUCUCUCUCUCUCUCUCUCGCUCUCUCUUCUAUCACGACUACUCGGUCGACCGACCAGUCGAUUCGCGCGCUCGACUACCCCGUUGCCAGGAGGGUGGAGGGCGCCGCGAGAAGAGGGUGACGGCGGAAGGUGGUGGUGAUACCGCGGGUAUCGGCCAGGAGGAUCGCGGAAACGACGGACCAUCGGCAGAAAACGGAAGAAGGCGGGAAAUGGGCGAAGUAUCAUGCGCGACGACGACGACGUAACCCUCCGCUCGGGGUGCGUUGCCGCCGCUGCCGACGCUGCUGCUGCUGCUGCUGCUGCUGCUGCUGUUGUUGCUGCUGCUGCUGCUGCUGCUGCUGCUGCUGCUGCUCAGUAUCGUCGCGCGACAUCGCCAUCGACGGCGUAGUGCCUCGCCCGGUUGCCUCGCGAGGCCAGGGACCACGACAUCGUGCUUCUCGUGGUGCGCGUAUGUGUCCGUCCGCCAGUCCGUGAAGAGGGCUUACGUGCGCUGGCUACCGUCGUUGUUCGGCUCAGGUCUCUGGUGCCUGCUGGGAGCAUGCGGCCUUCGGGCGAGGCUCGGCGAGCUGGUCCCGCGGGAGGACCGGGCUAAAGGAACGACCGCGCGUAUCGGUACACUCGUACACGGACACGGUGCGCCCGCGGCCGUGCCCGCACCCGCACCCCCGCGCCUCGGCGCCGCCGGCCACACGCCGAUUAGGCUGAUCCUAAGGACGCGGGAAGCGAGCUGGACUCGCUUUCGGACGCAUGGAACAUGAUAGAGAUGUCGAGUGGACUCGGUGCAACUGCAAUGGGGAUCGGCGUUAGUCACGGGACAGGCGGCGAAGGUGUUGCUGGUGGCUGCCGCCUCCGUGCACAGAACCAAAGCCAGGCCUCGGGGUCCACGAUGCAGCACAGCAAUCCGCAGCAAUCGUCUCAGCAGCAGCAACAGCAGUCGCAGCAGCAACAGCAACAGGCGCCUGCGUCGCAGCAGCAGUCGCAGCAACAGCAACGCCAGACGGCCGGACUCAUGGGCCGGUCGAAGAAGGACAACUGUUGCCUGUGCUGGUGCUGUUGCUGUAGUUGCUCGAAUAAAUGUUUGGCGGCAGUCGGCGGUAACUCGACGGGCACCGGAGCGGGCGAUCAGGGCAAAAAGAAGGGCAACGCCGGUGUCGACGGCGACCACGGCGGCGGCAUCGGCGUCGGCGAUCUCACGGGUGCAGGUGCGGGUAACGGUCUCGACGGACUCGACGGCCUCGACGGCAGCGUAGAAUGCUGCAGCUUGGAGGAGGUCCGGGCCUGGGGCUCGUCCUUCGACAAGCUGAUGAGGAGUGCCGCCGGCCGCAAGCUCUUCAGGGAGUUCCUCGUAAGCGAGUACAGCGAGGAGAACAUCGCCUUCUGGCUGGCCUGCGAGCAACUCAAGAGGGAGAGCAAUCCCGAGACGAUCGAGGAGAAGGCGCGUUACAUUUACGAGGAUUACAUAUCCAUACUUUCGCCCAAGGAAGUGAGUCUGGACUCGCAGGUGCGGGAGAUCGUAAACCGCAACAUGGUGGAGCCGACGCCGCAUACCUUCGACGAGGCGCAGCUGCAGAUCUACACCCUCAUGCACCGGGACUCGUAUCCGCGCUUUGUCAACAGCGAGAUUUACCGGAGGGUGGCCAGAUUGAACAGCGGCUCGCCGAGCCCGAGCACCGGCCAAGAGCACAGCAGCGGCAAGUCGAAGGGCAAGAGGGGGGCGACGUAAUCGUAUGGUCGACGGUCCAGGAACGUCGGGAGCGCGGACCAAGAUCAAUUAUCAAGCACCUUUCACCCACGUGUCGAUCGGCCACGAAUCGUUCGAUGGGGAUUCGUCCGGCGAGACCAUUCCUCCUCGUCGAGGCGAGGAAUCGCCCGUGCGAACACGGUCGACGGAACUGCGCCACGACGGCGGCCGCGGCGACGAUCCGGGGAGAGCCGCUAAUCCCGCGGGAUCCGCGAGUCAUCCCCUCGGAUGGACGAGGAGAGCCUCCUGGUGGUCGGCCGGUCGGCUCGCCAGAAGCCAGGAGCUUGUUUAGUGAUUCGCUCUUCCACACGAAGGCGCAACGGGGCCACGUAAUGGCACUCGCGGCACGCGAGCCAUUACGAUACCGAUGAUAAUGAUGAUGGUGGUGGUGGUAGUGGUGGUGGUGAUGGUGAUAGUGGUUAAGUAGUAGUGGUGGUGAGAAUGAUGAUGAUGAUGAUGAUAAUGAUGGACUGAACGUACGACAAGAUCGCGGUCGGUCGGUCGGUCGGUCGGUCGCGUUGAUCGCUCGCGUUUCACUUCCAGGAGUUCGGUGCAAGCGCAUGCACGCGACAAUGGGUCGUAGCCGAGACAGAGGAAAGGUCACGCGGUCGCUCGGGGAUGACGCGCCGUCCGCGGGACAGCCUCGGUCCAUCGAUCUUCGAGCCUCGCGAUCUUACUUCUCGUCGUCGUCGUGGUAGCUCAGUAAAGCUUGCGUAGGAUUGACUCAAAGCGCUUACGAGCUUUCUUCCUCUGUUUUCGCUCUUCUUAGCUUAAGAGAGCGAGUUCGAUUCGAAUCACACUCGCAUACACACAUACACACACACACACACACACACACACAGACCGCUUGCUUCACUUCAGCGAGCUUAUGCGAACCAAAAUUGUCGAACCAAUCCUCUCGGCCUCUUAGCAUUCGCGGAGAAUUGAAAGAACUCUCAACGAGAGACUCUCUCGAGCUAUUUCUCGAUCGAUCGAAUUCGCGUAUGCGUACAACGCCUAAAGUUGUGAUUCCAAUCGCGCUCGCUAUAUCUUGGGAAAGAUCGACCAACCAGUUAGAAUGCGGUGCGUAUGACGAAGGGAGCUGCUUGUUACGUAGUACACACGACUGCGGCUGCUCGGUUUUGGUCGAUGCGUCGAUGAUAAUCGUCGUGUAUCUAUUCGUACGUCUCCUCCGCCUGCGGAAACUCGCGAGAAUGCACGCUUUCCUGCGCGAAUCGACGCUUCGCUGAAGCGGAUACUCAUUCCUCUCACAGGAUGCACUCGCUAGCAUCCCAUCGAUUGUGUCUCCUGUGAUCUUAAUAUUAACAGCGCGUAGCCAGAGCUCGUCGAGAGUGUCGCGUGUCCUCGAAGAUAGGGAUUUAAUCUGCUCAAAGACCGCACUCUCUCUCUCUCUCUCUCUCUCUCUCUCUCUCUCUCUC